AUGCCAUGUUGGACGUACCUAUCGCUUGGCACCCGUUUGGGGUCGCUUAAGGUGGCCCAAGACUCAUCAUACGAGGCGACUGGGAGCCGAUAUGUUGUGUACUUCGGACAGGGCUUGCAGAUCACGGCAAAGCCGUUCGAAGAAAAACUCUCAAAACGCCAUGAUAAGAUCUCAAUCCGCCUCCUGUGGCGCUUCUAG